AAUCUGAAGCUGUCACUGUCAUUUCAGAGUCGAACUCACGUGUGAAUUCUACAGUAUUUAUAAUCGCAAAUUUCACAUAAAAACUAUCCGAAAUCCUGCAAAAUGCCUAGAAAACGUAAACUAGAAACAAGUAAACCCAUUGCCCAGAAGUCACUUCCCGUAGAAGUGGUAAUAGAAGACGUAACUUCACAUCCACUGUGUUUGCAUGGGCCCACUUUGUUGUUCUCGACUGAAAAGGGCCGGUAUUUCGCGUGUGCUUCAUGUAGGAAUAAAGAAUGCCCUGUACACAUAGACGAAGAAGAUUGGCUGAAGGAAAGUGUGAGGAAACGCAAUGAAAAGUACUAUAGUUUGAUUCCUAAAAUUGAUAAAGCGGCAGCAUGGAGUAACUUUGGCGAGGUGAAAUCCCGCCAUUAUGUGGACAGAGCAUUUUGUAACACAUGCGAGGAGCUGUACCUUGUCUCAAAGCCUUCUAAGAAACAUGCCAAGGACCACAGGAUCAUCACUCCCCUUACAGAUGAGCAGCUUAGCCGACCUACGUCCUGGCUACCCAUGCUGGAAAAUGAUUCUGUAGAGGCACAGUACAUGUUCACUAAGAAAUCUGUCAGCACUGUCUUUGGGAUACUUAGGAAUAAUAAUAUCAGUAACAUCCUGUGCAUCGGCACACCCUCCAUCCACGAGGAGGCACAGUCCCGCUCAGACUUCAACUCCAUCCUUCUGGACUAUGACAAGCGCCAUCAGAACUUCUACGCCCCCAACAAGUUCAUUUGGUAUAACAUGUUCAAUAACUACAUGUUUAACGGCAAUGAAGAUGAGAAGGUGCUUAAGAAAUUCUUUAAGCAGUCACGAGAAGGAGGUAUCUGCAUAGUUAUGGACCCUCCAUUUGGCGGCAGAGUGGAGCCACUGGUACAAACAAUCAAGGAACUUUCAGACUCCUACAGAAAGAUCACUGACUCAUCUGAAGGCCUUAUUCCAGUCCUAUGGGCCUUCCCCUAUUUCUCAGAGCCUUAUAUUAAGAACAUGGCACCAGAGAUUAAAAUGCAUGAUUACCAGAUUGAAUACACAAACCACAAGAAAUUCCUAAACAAAAUGAAAGAUGGCCGAAAAUUCGUUUCACCAAUCCGUUUCUUCACCAACUUACCUUUCAAUACCAUAGACUUGUCAAACGACAGCCAUUACAAGAUGUGCAAUAAGUGCAAGUUCUAUGUGGCUUCGUCUAACAACCACUGUCAUAAGUGUGGCGAAUGUACGAGCAAGAACGGAAUGACGUAUAAACACUGUGACGUUUGUAAGAGAUGUGUGAAACCAACCUUCUUCCAUUGUAAGGAGUGUGGCCGGUGUUGCCAGCAGAAGAAUCAUGUGUGUGGAGUUGUUGUUGAGAGUCAGUCUUGCUUCAACUGCAAAGAGAAAGGGCACAAGCAGUCUGACUGCCCUCAACUACAGGGAACAAACAAAAAGAAGCGAAAAAGUGCAUAAUUGAUAAUCACUAUAAUCUUAUAUUUACACAAUAAAACAUUAUAAAAACA